AUGGUUCUCAUCAUCGAACAGUGGGGUGGGAGGAUAUACAGUGAAUUUGCAAGCUGUGCGCUGCGCGAGCAGCUUUCACUUCACGUGACGCUGGAGAUCCUGGCCGCGGAGCCCGAAUACUGCCUGAACACAGUCGUCCCCAACUGUGUUUUACGCUCUCUCAUCAUGGAUGCAAUAUUAGAACCUCUAGGAUCAGGAUCUAUCACAGUGGGAGGCUCAAAGCGCGCAAAACGUGGACCCCUGCCUCAUACCUCCAGCGAUUAUAAAGACCAUCUUCUUGCAGCACAAGCGCUUUCUAAACACCUCGACGCCAUGGGCUGCCAUCACGCUUACAUCGGCGGAUUUGCUUGGUCUUUGUUGGGAAGCACGCGACCAACACAUGAUAUAGACGUCUUAAUCGAAACCGAGGAUAUUCUAACCGUCCGCAAAACGCUUGAUAGCUUGGGCAUCCACUUUGCAAUGGAUACAUUGAAGCUAUACUUCGUAAAGGUUGGAUUCAGAUCAGCUUUGUACUCGAUGUCUAUUAUCGAAUUUCGUACUAUUGUAGAACCUUGA